GGUGGAAGUGGAAAAGGGUGGAGCCAGAGCUCUGUGGAGGGCGGUGUUCUCUGCAAACAGGAAGGAGAAGAAGAAGAAGAGAGGUGGGACUUUACCUUCAGCUGCAGAAAGGGCGAAGAAGGAAACAGCCAGUCAGAGAGCCACAGAUUUGAGAGGAGCUCUGACAGAAGAGUCUGACCUGGACUCAUCCACUGUCCUACAGAGGUGUUUGCUGAAACCCAGAAACAACAAACACUCUAUGAAGGACAGAGUCCCUCUCCAGGAUUCUGACGGACAGUCCUCGUGUCCAACAGAGGUUUUGGGGGUCCUGGUCCAGCCGAAGGAGCCAUCCAGUCUGAGUGUCAAGGAGACCCUGUUCCAGGGGGAACAGGAGGAUGCCGAUGAAGACCUAGACACCAAAAUCACUCAACAAGUUUGGAGAGCUGCUCAAAGACAAGCCAGACAACAACAGCUGAAGAGACUGCACAAGGCUCAGAUGAUCCAGAGACAGCUGCAGCAGGUGGAGGAGCAACAGAGGCAGCUGGAGGAGAGAGGAGUGAUGGUGGAGAAAGCUCUCAGAGGAGAAGCUGAUUACUGGGGAGACUUUGGAGACAGUCAAGACUUCGACCUUCACCUGGGAGUGCUCGGGAGUUGGAGUUGGAGGACAGACAGAGUCGACUGCAGCAGGAGCUCAGAGAGAGGAUGGCUGUGGACGACCACCUGAAGGAGGAGUGGCAGCUAAUGGAGGAGCGACUGAUCCUGGAGGAGAUGUUGGAGGUGGUGGAACAGAGAGACUCUCUGGUCUCUCUACUGGAGGAACAGAGACUGCAGGAAUGACAGGAAGACCAGGACCUGGAGCAGGUGAUGAUGACCCAAAGACUGGCAUUCAGCUGGAUGUGAAACUGGUCUGAACUGGUGUGCGGAUACUCUGAUGGGCCUGAUCCUAUGUGGAGUGAUAUCACAGUGACCAGGAGUCUCAGCUUUUGAUGCUUUACUGCUACUGUGAAACACUACAUCCAUUUGAGUUCUGUAAAAAUGCUUCAGAUUGAGUCCAAAUGUGCUAUUUUGGGUAUAGUUGAUGCAGUUGUCGCUCUGCAGAGGGUGUAAUGUGAUGUAAACAUCAGGUGUAAAGCCCCAGAUGAUUUUCAUUCUUUCAUUAUAAUGAUCAACAAUACAACCCAGAAUUUAAAGAGUGAAAAUAUUUUCUUUUGUCCUAAUAAAAGCACAAUAUUUA